AUGUCUACCUGUGUUUCAGGUAAGAAGGGAAGGGUGUUGGACGAUGAUGAUUUCGACGUUGCCUGCAAUGAAAGCUGUAAAGUGCAAAAGUGCUUUGAAGGCUGUGAGCUGUGGAUUAAUGCCAUCACAUCCUCCUGCAAAAGUGUCUGCGAAGAAGAGGCAAAACCCUUCAACAAAAAUAAAUGGAAUCUUUAUUGUGUUCGAGGAUGCAACAUAGCAAUAAAUUUUUAUAUCCAAACAAUAAAAGAUGAACUAGGAACUCCCGCUCAACCAUAUUUGGUCGCCGAGACCAGGACCAAUGACUCUAUUACCAUAAAGUGGGCUCCGGGGCCAUAUGAAAACAUAUCCUAUUUGGUGCAGCUCCGCAGUGAUGGAUUACAUCAGUCCACAGAUUGGGAGUAUUAUAAGCCCUCUUAUAUUCUAAAGGAUACCGUUCUGAAGGUUGAAGAUUUGCACCCCUACAUGAAAUAUAGAUUUCGAGUCGCUUGGAUCCUCUUGGAAAACUACCCACCCUUAUUUUCUGAAGAAAGUAUUGUCAUAUCAACCUUGCCAUAUGGAGCGCCCUCUACAGCCCCCACCAUAACGUGCCUAACAGCUGUGAGUGCUUCUAGAAUUUCAGUUAGUUUUGAUCCGCCUACGUAUCCAAAUGGUCCAAUAUUGUCUUACGUCCUUUAUAUUCGAGAAGAGUCAAGUGGAAAUACUAUGAUUAAGGAUGUUUCAGACACUUCUGAUGGAUUGCAUUACAUGAUCAACAACUUGAAAGCAUCAACAACAUAUAUAAUUUCCUUAAGCACUAGAAAUGCCAUGGGGGAAGGGCCUGCUGAUGUACGCACUGUCACUACUUUAUCGAAGAAAGACUCCAGUCCACAUCAUCCACGAGCUUUUCUUAUUUUUGCUGCAAAAAGAAGUGUUUUGAAGAUUGGCCUUAGAAUACUAGAUGAAUCACAAACUCUGUACAAAGCAAGCAAUACAUCAGUUAGCAUUAAAGGCAUUGCUCUCAAUGUGAAGAGCCAUAUGUUUUAUGUCUCGGAUUCACGAGGGGUUGUCAGCAGGGUUAAUUUAAAGGGAUCCCUUCAAAAGAUUGUUACCAUACUGCAUCUAAGCAAUGGAUAUCCAUCGGCACUGUCUCUAGAUUGGUUGAAUGAACGACUUUACAUGGCUGAAGAAAAACAUAUAUCUCGUUGCAAUCUAAAUGGAGAUAACUACACUGUAGUCGUAAACAAUUUAAACCAUAGACCCGAAGAUAUACAUGUGGAUCCACUCAACGGUUACCUCUAUUGGACAUCCAGGGACUCGCCUUUCGAAGGCGGCUUGUAUAGAAUCGACUUGGUAGAGCUAGAAUCUGGUUGUGUGUCGUUUGAAAAGGCCCAGCUCAUAGUCAGUGACUAUGAUUUAUCUGCAUUUGCGGUGGAUUACAAGAACUUCAGACUUCUACUACCAUCUGUUUCCAACAACACCAUUGUUGCCGUAUCUUUAGAUGGCAGUGAUGUCUCGGACAUUAGGCAGAAUUCUCAGACGCACCAGUACAAAGGCAUCAAUAGUAUAACUGUCCACAGAGACUUGCUCUAUUGGACUACGGACAGCGCCAUUUUCGGGGAAGAGUAUCACAAGCGAGAGAACAAAUAUUACCAAAACGGGGUGUAUUCUGCUGGAGAUGGGCCAUUUCAUGCUUUGAAUGUGUAUCACUAUGACAAUCAGCCUGAACCAGUUCCUCUGAAUCCAGUUGAAUCAGUUCAAGCACUGUUUGGAUCUGACUCGGCUAAAAUUAGAUGGUCCAAUCCACGACUUCUUGGUGGACAAGGAAAAGGAUCCUGGGAGAAAUGGUUGUAUGAAGUCGAUAUGCUUGACCACACAAAUAAUUUAACUGUUUUUGGAGUAAACAUUACUGGAAGCUCGUAUGACGUGAUGAACUUGAAACCAAAUGCUACUUAUUCCAUUCGAGUACGAGCUUACAGUCACGGUGGCAAGGGACCAUGGUCAUCACAGUUCAAAGGAAGUACUUUGGCAAAAAGUGCAAUGUCACAGGAGUUUCCUCGGAUUUUGUGGGGAGCUCGCGAAGGACUGAUAAAAUCUGACUUUGUGGCGGAAAACGUUCAACCCCUUAUUCAUAAAAUAAAUUUAAACAAUGCUUAUGUCUUAGAUGUGGCCUGGUACAAUCAGAUGCUGUUCAUUAACACAAAUGCAACAUUUGUCUACGCCUACAAUACAUCUGUUCACCAUUCACUUACUAGACUGCAGAACAUAACAAUGGCAACUUCCAUUGCUAUUGACUGGUUUGCCCCAAAAAUUUACUGGUCAAGUCCUACACAACAAAUGAUCUCAAGAUCCGACUUAGACGGCAGCCAUUCAGAGCCCUUACCUAUCUUAACAAUGGCGAAAGAGAUAAGUGUGGACUCUUUGAAUGCUUUCUUAUAUUGGGCAACGUCAUACAGUGUGGAAUAUUCACGUUUAAAUGGAGCUGAUCAUUCAGUUUACAUGAAAAAUGAGCUAUUUUCUGGAAAGCAUGUAAUGGGUGUGACCUUGGAUUUGGACAGAAACAAAGUUUACUGGAUGGUUCGAAGUUAUGAAGGAUCAAAAAUGUAUGCGGCUUGUAUGGCACAUGUAACUGUAUGCCACUUUGAAGAGCCUGAAAUGGUUUCAGAAUUAUCGGAAGAUAGACUGCAUGGUCCACUCUACUUCAGCAACAGACUUUUCUGGUUAGAUGAAAACGAAAGAGCUUUUGUUAGUGACAUUAAUGGAAAAAACUUUGCUCACAUAACAGGGUUAGGGCUACAUGGAUUAACUUCCAUCAAUCUGAUUGAUCCUUCUCUUCAGCCUUAUCCAGACGGCUUCGAUCAUUCAUCAAUACAAGUUGUUCCACACGUCAUAUCAGAAAAUAAUAUUUUUGUCAAAGGGACAUGGGAUAAGUUUAACAUAUCCUGGAGCCCUGUUCAGUCAGUUAACUUUGGAAUGGUGUUUUAUGAAAUUACAGUGGAUGAUGGCGAUGAAGUGUAUAAUAUGGUGACGAAUGAAACUGUGUUUGUUUAUCCCAGCAUGAAAAAUUUAGCACCUUAUACACCUCUAACGAUAGCAGUGAGAGUGUACACGUAUUGGUCCUCUGCUAGAUCCACAAUGGUGAUUCGUCACUCUCCGAUGUCUGUGCCUUCCAUGCCAACGAAACCAAGAAUUUUUAUUUCUCAUCAAUCAUCCCCUCUGGAUGACAACCAAGAUAUCAUUGCAAUAUUCCGUUGGAGUCAACCAGAAAAACCAAAUGGAGUUAUUUUACAUUACAUUGUAAAUUUUUGGCCCAAUGAAAACAGUACUGAAAGUAAAGUAUCCACUCACAUCGUUGAUGGCAAAAAGCUGCAAUUUCAAACCCAUUUACUUCCAAAGAGUACUUAUUUUUUUAAGGUGCGUGCAGUUACAAGUAUAGGAGAAGGUGUUGCAAGUGACAUUGUUAAAGCAGAAACAUCCAUUGAACGUCCUGUACCCCAGCUGCUGUUGGCAAAAGUUGAUGGUGUAAAAGUUGCUGACAUUGAUUCUCACGAAGAAAAAGUUUUGUACUCAAAAACAUCCCAUCCCGCUGCUAUUACUUACCUUGCCCAUGAAAGGCGUGUGUUUUUAGUUGAAGAAGGAGCAUUGUUAGUUUCAUCACUUGAUGGAAGCAAUACAACUUUGAUCAAGCAUUUGAAUUCAGAUGGAACAUGCUUAACUGUUGAUUGGAUUGGUCGACAGUUGUACUGGGCUGAAGUAGACAAGAAGCAUGGAUCAAGCAGUGUUUGGUCUGUUGAUUUAAGCUACAAUAAUCAACCAAAACAGAUAUUUAAUCGACCAUCUAUAAUAAGUAGUUUGGAAGUUGAACCGUUUUCAAGAUCUCUGAUAUGGACUCUGAAUUCGAGAAAUAGCUGUAGUUUGAUGAUUUCAGAUGUCAAUGGAUCUAAAAUUCGGCCGUUUUUCUGGAGAACUCUGGAAUACGAGACUACUCCUUACAAAGUGAAAGUGAAGAGGAUGACUGAAAAAAAUAUUUCUUGCAACUGCAGCCCUUCCACGGCAGUUGGAGAAGCUAUCACCGUAGACAGUACUAACACUUCUAAUCCACAAAUCAUAUGGGUUGACGCUAAAUUGGGGCAUAUUUGGUCUUCUGACAUCGAUGGAUGCUUCUGUCGUCUGCUUCUAAAUGCCUCACUAGCAAGUGAUAUUGGUCUUCCACCGAGCUCACUUACUGUGGACAGUACGCAUCUGUAUUGGUCAAAUGAAAACUUGGGAAAAGUGUACAGCAUUGAAAAGUGCAACAACUAUGUUGGAACUCUUCAACUUCCUCAGUCAAAUAAAGCUGUUAUUUCGGAAGAUGUUCGAGGCAUUCGUAGCAUCCGAGCUAUUGGGGAUCACCUGCAACCAUAUCCAGAUAUUACUUGUCUGCGUUAUGAAUCUUAUAAAGAAGCUGCAAGACUUAUUUCUAGAACAUCCAAUUCAUUAUCCCUCUACUUACCCCAGCCCAGAAGACCAAAAUUUUGCAGCCGCAUCUCUUUCCCAUUGGUUAUGUUUACUGUACUUUACAGUCCAACGGAUGCAGAAGAAACAGCUUCUUGUUUUGAACUGCAGAAAUUGGAUCUUUGCAAAACUGUGACAACUUAUAAUGACUCUGUUGUAAUUCCUGAUCUUGACCCUUUUAAGAACUACACCGUUAGAGUAUCUAUCAAGAAUUAUUACAGUGAAGGAAUCAUGACUUUGGGGCCUGAAGCCAUUUUUCAAACUGAAGAAGGAGCUCCUACUCAACCCACAAAUGUGACUGCUGUUGUUCUAACUCCGUUUCGUAUUGAUGUUAGCUGGCAACCGCCAUUGUUUCCUAAUGGUGAUUUAAUUUCCUAUGAAAUUAGAUUGAAAGUGAUGCAGCUUUCGACUAAAAUUGCCUUACCACCUGUAAUAUAUUCAGAGUGUGGAAAGCCUACAAGGUCAGAUCUCUUCAUGAAAAUUAAUACUACUGAAGCCGGAAAAGAUCAUUUUAUUACGGUUCGGGCCUACUCUUCAAAAUGUGAUAUGUACAGUGAUAGCGAUGAGAUUCAAGUCAAGACAUAUGAAUUGCCCCAAGAUUUAAUCCUGUAUAAUGCUACUUCAACAUCGCUCUUGCUUUCUUGGGUAUCACCAUCAGACUCGAGCACUUUGUAUCAUGUUUUGGAAUAUAAAAAACAUGGGGAAUCCAAAUGGCAUUCAUCAUCAAAAGGAGAAAAAACUGAUUCGUCGAUAAAGUACAUUUUCCUUGUGGAAAGCCUCACUCCCAAAACUAAGUAUUUGUUCAGACUUAUCUUGACUUAUCGAAGAGCUGAACUUAUAUACCCCAAGAAUUCAGCGUUUGAAUACACCACGUCUGGAGAUGUGCCAAGUGUACCGGGUGAACCUGAGCUGCACCACAUGAAGAGUGACCUUUAUGAGGUAGUAUGGGAACCUGCCUUCAACUAUGGAUAUGAGCAGCUGUUCUAUGAACUCCAGAUAAAGUCAGAAUCUCUUGAUGCCUGGAUGUCCCUUUCAAACACAACCAACACACAAUAUAUUGUUGAAAAAAUAUCUGGAAACAUAAACUAUGAAUUCCGCGUUAGAGCUGUCAAUGAAUACGGUGAGAGCAAUUUCAGCUAUUCUGAGAAACCAUUUUAUGUACCUGAAUUGGGAGCAUAUAUCAAUCCAGCUCAAGAUGAUUCUAUUGGCGUAGCCGUCUCGGCAAGUGUGGUUAUUUUAGUGCUGGUUUGUGGAAUUUUUGCAACUUUAUACAUAAUUCGACUAAAGAAAGAAAAAUGCAAGAAAUUACAGGAAGCCACUCCUACAAACCCCCUGGCUCCAGAUUUGGAACUGGCUACUCUGGAAGAUUUACCUUUGCAUGCAAAUUUUGUGCACCAGACUAACGCCCUUUAUAAUUUAUUUGAUAUGCCAUCUGAUGAAGAACUCAUUACUUUACCUCAAAUAAAACGUGAUCAAAUAAUCUUAACAAAAUUUUUGGGCUCUGGAGCUUUUGGUGAAGUGUUUGAAGGAAUAGCUUAUUUUUCUGCUGAUGUGCCAGCACUCAAAAUUGCUAUCAAAACAUUGAAAAAAGGUGCUACAGACCACGAGAAAGAAGAAUUUGUGAAGGAAGCAAAGUUGAUGAGUCAUUUUAAGCAUGAUCACAUUCUUCAACUUCUUGGAGUGUGCUUUGAUAAUAAUCCGAAUCUAAUCAUUUUGGAGCUUAUGGAAGGGGGUGAUCUUUUAUCAUACUUACGCAGCAACAGGCCCACUGUUUUUGAAAGCAGCUCUCUGUCGAUGGAUGAUUUGUUAAGAAUAUGCAUUGAUGUAGCUAUGGGGUGUAAAUAUUUAGAAGAUCUGCAUUUUGUUCAUAGAGACUUAGCUGCAAGAAAUUGUUUAGUAUCAAGUCAUGAUCCAGAACGCAGAAUUGUAAAGAUUGGUGAUUUUGGUUUAGCAAGAGACAUCUACAAAAGUGACUAUUAUCGUAAAGAAGGAGAGGGUCUUUUGCCUGUAAGAUGGAUGUCUCCAGAAUCCUUGCUGUAUGGUGUCUUUACGAGCCAAUCAGAUGUCUGGGCCUUUGGAGUACUUUUAUGGGAAGUAAUGACGUUAGGACAGCAACCAUAUCCAGCACGUUCAAACAUGGAAGUGCUGCAUUACGUGCGAGCGGGAGGCUUGUUGGAGAAACCAGAGAGCUGUCCCGAUGAGCUUCAUCAAGUUAUGCUUAGUUGUUGGAACUACGAAGAAGAAAAUCGACCUACAUUUUGCUAUUGUCUUCAUAAAUUGCAAGAGUUACGAAACAAAUUGCCUCCUUCCAUUUUGAAUAUGCCAGCUGUUUGCAAUUUAAAUUAUAUCAGAGCAAAUAUGGGUUUCGACAACUUAGGAUAUUGUGGAAGUGAAAUAACUGAAGUUUCAAUUGUUCAAAGUUCACAAAAUGAAGCAGAAAUUGCAGGUGAAUACUUAGGUAUGCAUGAUGUUCAGAACGUUGAAGAAGAUAAGCUAAUUGAUGAAAACUCAGAUUUGAGAAGCACCCAAAGUGAUCCUGCUGUUACAGUUGAAAUGCCGGAGGCAAGUCUUUCGAGCAUGAGGAGAUCCGCUUCUUGGACAAAUACAAUGUUUGGGAUCGGCAACGACGUUAUGUCUGCUGUACGAACAUACAACUCCAAUCGCCCCACUAUUAAUAAAUACCUUGAACUCCUCGGGGAUAAUGAAGAUUCUGAGGGAUAUCAGGUGCCAGUGCAAUGCCCCAAUCCUCCAAAACGAUUGUUUCCAAAACACGGGAAAGUACGAGAGAAAGAGAAAAUGAGGUCUCCUCCGGUGCCUGAUCAAGGCUCGCAGCCUGUCCCACAGACCAAGGAAAGUCAUCCAACCACUUCCAAUACAAUUGAAACAUCAAAUGUUCAAGCAGAUGAAAAGCUUGAUUGUGAUUCAGCUGUUGAAAGCUGGAAAACAAACUACUCUUCUAUCGUUGAAGAACGUUUAUUAGAAAAUUCUGGUGAAGAAACACUGAACACUACUUCAUCCAGCGAAAGUUCCGAAAAUCUGUCUUCGGGUUUAGAAGGUUGUGAUAGUUGGUCUCUUUCGACAGCUUCAACGGCAACUUGCCCUAUGGAUUCUCCAACUGAUGUCAACAGGCACAGUGGCAUAUCCACAUUAUCAGGACUCUCAGGAAUUGACCUCAAUUAUGUGUCUAAAUCUUCAUAUUGUUGAAAGCUGUUUCACGCAAGACCUUACCCAGGAAAAAUUUUCAUAGGAGCCCAUAUUCGAAGUGAGUUGAAGCAAAUGGUAUAAUAAGGGUGACCAUAUUGGCCCUCUGAAGUACCAUUUUAUAUACUUUCCAAGGGGGUCCAGAUGCCAGGGGCACCCCAAUGAGAGGUCAUUCUGACCUCAAAAAAAAAUCCUAAAAUUGCCCAUUCAUCAAUUUGUUCUUACUGCAAUUGUUUUCUUUUUUUUUUUUAAUCCUAUUUUAAGAAUGCCUAAUGUCUCUUCUCAUUAUAUGUCGGUAUGAACU